AUGUCCUCCUCCUUCCGGUGUCGCCUCUUGAUCAUCACCUGCAUCGCGUUCUGCGUUGGUGCCGAGAUUUCACACGAUGAGUUCCCGGCGGCACGCGAGAAAAGAAGCGGAAAAGAUGCUGUGGUGGUGCUGAAGACGAUAUAUCUUCACAGUCCCGUAUCGCAAGCGUGGAUGGCCAACUCGGUUCGCCAAAGGGUGAAUAAGCUUGGAGGUGGCGGCGCCUUCGUUCGGGGCUUCAACAUGCGCGGCUUUUUCGCCGCCGAAAUCAUCGUCCGGAAUGGGGAGUACGCGUGCGAUAGUAUUCAGAGUUACGCGCGAAAUGCCGCCAGGGCACGUGAGGUGCAAGCUGUGUUCUUCCGCUGCGGCCGCGCAAAGCCGGAAAUCACGCGCGUCUGGAUGUCGACCAUCGACGCGUUCAUGCUCGACCCCGGCGACAAGCAUUUGAAGAUGACAUUAAGUUUUGGUGCGCUGCACGGCUACCCGGACAACAAUGACAUGAUGUGCAUUAUGACGCGUGAUGCACGGCUCGACAUUCAACUCUUAAACGUCGUCGGCGUGCUGCCGCCGAAGCCCGAACCUGUUGUUGCUGGGCCCGCUACGCCGGCCCCGCAGGACAAACCCAAGAAAAAGAAGAAGAGCCGCCGCCGGCGUCGUCGUCGCGUUCAAGUCGCAACGUCGUGCGGCCCAUCGGCGAUCACGUUGACGGCGACGACGCGUGAGUUGCCCACCGCAGAGGUGUACUCUGUUCAAAUGCUGGCGGCGAGCGCGCGUCUUGACCAGCUCGCCUUCGUCGCCCCGGCCGAGCUGCAGCAGCCGAGACGGGCGCAUCACUUUAAAGUCACGCUGACCCUGUUGCAGACGUCAAGCGCCGAGAUGGCCGUCCGCGAGCAGUCCAACUCGAACUUGGCGCAGCUGGGCGCCCGCGAUGACGACACUUGUCAAGACGUGAAGAGCAUCGACGAGUCGUCCCCAAGGGCAAAGAAGCUGGUGCCGGCGGCAACGUCGACGCGGAAGAAGGAUGGGCCCGGAGGAGGAGGA